AUGAAGGCCCUCUUCGCUGUCCUCCUCCUCGCCGUCAUGGCCACCGCCGCCUCGGCCCAGAUCGACGAGAACACCCUCGUCCCGGUCAUCCUCGCCGAGGAUGCCGAGGUCAUCCCCGGCCAGUACAUCGUCGUCUUCCGCCCGGAGGUCUCCCUGGAGCAUGCCCGCAUCUUCGCCGACUCCAUCUCCAUCGGCCGCGUGUUCAACAUCGGCAACGAGUUCAAGGCCGUCGCUGGCCCGAUCUCCGAGGACCUGCUGGCCCGCAUCCGCCGCCGCAGCGACCUGAUCGACUUCAUUGAGCCCGACCAGAUCGUCCGCGUCGAUGCCUCCCAGUCCAACGCCACCUGGGGUCUGGACCGCUCGGACCAGGCUUCCCUCCCCCUGAACAGCAAGUUCAACUACUACGACUCGGCUGGCUCUGGCGUCAACGUCUACGUCGUCGACACCGGUAUCAACCACGGCCACACCGACUUCGGUGGCCGCGCCAAGAACGGCUACAACUUCCACGGCGGCAACUCCAACGCCAACGACGACAACGGUCACGGCACCCACUGCGCCGGUACCGUCGGUGGCAAGACCUGGGGUAUGGCCAAGAAGGCUACCCUCUACUCGGUCAAGGUCCUCGGUGCCAACGGCUCCGGCUCCCUGUCCAACGUGGCCGCCGGUGUCUCCUGGCACAAGAAGUCUUCCAACAAGAAGACCAUCGCCUCCAUGUCCCUGGGUGGUGGUGCCAACAACACCGUCGACAACGCCGUCCGCUCGGCCAUCACCGCCGGUGUGUCCGUCAUCGUUGCCGCCGGUAACGAGAACCGCGAUGCCUGCAACUCCUCCCCGGCCCGUGUCAGCACUGCCGUCACCGUCAGCGCCUCCGACAAGAACGACACCCGUGCCUCCUUCUCCAACUACGGCUCUUGCUCGCACAUCUUCGCCCCCGGUGUGUCCAUCACCUCCACCUGGAUCGGCUCCUCCUCCGCCACCAAGACCAUCUCCGGUACCUCCAUGGCUUGCCCCCACGUUGCCGGUGCUGCCGCUCUCAUGAUGGGCCAGUCCGGUGCUCUGUCCCCUGCCACCGUCAAGAACAACCUCAUCAACAACUCCACCAAGAACAAGAUCAAGGACGUCAAGGGCACCCCCAACCGUCUGCUCUUCGCCAAGUACUAA